CCGCACCGCACCUCCUGUUUCGUCUCCGCCGCCGGACCAGCGACGGCCGCCGCACCUCUCCCCUCCGCCGGCGUGGAUCCGCCCCGCUCCAAUGGAGGCACCGCCUUUCCCUCCUGCGCCUCCGCCGCCACCCCCACCUCCCGACCUUACCUCCGCCCUCGCCCGCCUCCGCUCCCUCCUCUCCGCCGCUUCCUCCGCCCUCGCCGCCCUCCCCUCCCCUCUCCAGCCCCACCCAGCCAGCCCCCACACCAGCAUCCCCUCACCUGAGCCCACCACCACCGCCAAACCUCCACUCCCGCCGCCCACCACCGCCAUCACCCUACCGCUCCCGGCCGCCCCAGCCCCCUACUCCGACUGCCCCGCCGUCGUCCGCACCACCCCCACCCCGAUCCCCGCGGUCUCCACCCUCCCCGCCUCCAUCGCCGCCGAGUGCGCAGAUUUCUCCUCUUACGGUGCCGGCCGGAGCCCCUCCCCGCCGCCCCGCAUCCUGCCGUCGGAGCUCACCCUCCUGCGCCGGGAGCUGGACUCCUGCCACCACCCCCCUGGGUCGUGCUCCUGCGCUGCUACCCGGGUGGCGGCCGCGUUCCGCUUGGGCGUGACGCCGCGGUGGGAGGCCGAGCUGCGGCGGUGGGUGCUUGGGAGCUCACCGAGGUACGGGGUCAAGGUCGGCGUGGCGGAGGCGGACCAUAUCUGGGUGCUAUUGUGGCUCUGCUUGAAGGUGACGGCGGCGGAGGCUGGGUGCUCGCUGGAGGCGAUGCACAGUAGGGAUGACAACGAGAGUGUAGGUUUUGAUCCCUGGGCCAGGAGGUUCGAGUGCCCAAGGCUGGUCGAGGGCGUCUCGUGGUUAGGUGCACAGCUCGGGGUUCUGUAUGGAGAAAGCAAUGGGAGACUUUUUGCUCUUGCAGCGGUGAAGGAGGCAGUCCUGCAGAUGGCGUAUUGCUUGGCUGUUGGUGUAAGAAAUGGUGCAGCUGGUGGAGGAGAGGGCGAGGUUGGAGCUGGUGGAGGAGCUGGUGAAAAAGGAAGUAAUGCUGGAGAUGUUGUGGCAGGCCAUGUUUUUCUUUCCCAGGUUGCUGCUGCCAUCAUGGCAUUGCAUGAGAGGUUCUCCUUGGAGAAGAGGAAAGUACUGGAAGCUCAACGCUCGUCGAAAUAUCAGUUAUUACUUGAAUAUUCACAAGCACUGGAACGAGGGGACUUGGAGCGAUCAAACAGACCAAACUACAGAGCUGUUCUAGAAUAUGAUGGGAUCCUGUCACGGAGAGUAGAGAACCAGGAAUCUGCUAGAGCCAAGACAAGGGAGGAGCUUUUAGCUGAAGAACGAGAUUACAAACGAAGAAGAGCGUCUUACCGUGGCAAGAAAGCGAAUCGAAACCCUACAGAGGUACUAAGAGACAUAAUUGAUGAGCAUAUGGAGGAAAUCAAACAGGCAGGAGGUAUUGGUUGUCUUGUGGAAGCUCCUGCUGACAUUGCAGAAAAUGUGCUUAAGAGCAACUCUCAUGGUGGUACAUAUCAAGGAAUUGAUGAUUUUUCUAGCAGAUCUUCUAAUGAUAAGACAGCAUUGGGUUCUCGGUCACCUAGUUGUGACAAGUCACCACGUGCUGAUUCUUCGGGAAGAUUUUCAUCAAGGAGCCGUGACACAAGAGAUUCGCACAAGACCUCAAGAUAUGAAACUCAUGGGAACCGUUCCAAAUAUAUAUCUGUGAAUGAAAAUAGAUGGAGUGUAGGAUCAGAAAGUGAAAUGGAUCAAAGUUAUCCUUACCGGCAGGAGAACCAUCGACGACAAAGAAGCUCCAAUGAUAAUAUAAAUUGUGGGAAUAAGUAUAAGAAGGGUGUCUCAGACCACAAUUCUGAGUCUAGUGAUUGUACAGCAUGGUCGGCACGAUCACACAGAUCUUCUGUCACAAAAUAUGCUCACAUGUCUGAAGAAGGGUGCAGUGGUAGAAGUAGAGCUAGUCAGAAGCGGCAUAAAUCUUUAUCUGUAACUCAUGACCAGUUCAGUGACAGAUAUGAUCCCCAAAGCACAUAUUCUGAUGGAGACCCUCGGACAAGCAUGCUUUCUGAUGCUACUGAAGGAAAGCGUGAGAUAUACCAUGAUGAAGUACAUCAUCGCAGACAUCAUGAAAGAAAGCGUGAUCACCAUCUCUGAAUGAUAAUAGAGAUUAUUUUUGCUUUCUAUAUCAGUAGCUAAAUAAUACAGGCCUCUGGGUUAUUAGCCUUCAGCUGUAUCCUUUUAUGUAUCCUCAUGCAGCUUUAUAACUUCCUUACUUUCUGGGUUAAUAUCUGUUGCAGUUGUUACCUUUCUCAGGUUCUAUUAGCUGUUGAAGUUUUGUCUUGUUUUACAAAUUCAUUUACACUAAUCAAGGUUCUUAUUGUACUUUCUUGUGAAAUUCAUUCAAGUUUAUCCGGUGUUACUGGUUAUUUUAAUUAUAUCACUGCUAAUGUUUUGGAAGCACUUUAAUUUAUUCUAGACUUUUACCCAGUUCUUUUGGUGUUUGCUUUUGCUUCUCUGGAAUUCAGAGUUUUUUUUUUUCUGAACCUCUGUUUUUUUUUGGUUAUGUAUGCAAGUUUAUCCUCAUCCGGUUAAGACUACUGAUGCAUAAUUGCUUGAACAUACUUUGUUCAUUCUAAUUCUUGUGUCUGUGGCUUCUGAUGCGAGUUAGCAUGCCAUUGAUCCACUUAUGUGCCUGAUUUUUUUACAUGAGUCUGCCUCAUGGGUGCGUGGAAAUGGUGAUCUUUCACGGUGCAACUAAGUUUUUUUUUAGGGGUACUAUUAAAGCCUUGAGCGUAGGGUUCAUUAUCCUCUAUGAUGUAGGUAGCCACUGCUUUCAAGAUUAUAUAACACUGGUGGUGACAUUGUGAAUAAUGGAAAACCUGAAUUCCUGUAAGAAUUUUUUUAAUCUGAAUUAUCUAAAGUCCCUACAUUUCAAUAAAAAAUGAAAUAUUUUAGUGGAAAAUAAUAAAAUUGGUUUAUUUUAUCAAAACUUGCAAACCUAUUACAUUCCUGAGUAUUUUUUUACACCGGUCGCUUCCUCGAUCAUGGUGCAAGUUUGUGGCUAGUCAUCUGUAUGACUUCUUUAGAUUUGAAUUGUAUGACUAUUGAUCCGACAGUGUCUUCUUUAAACUUGAAUUUAACUGACAUGGAACUGAGUUUCAUUGACUAUGUCGCAAAUUCACAAUAGCAAAAGUGAGUUUUUAAACUGAAGAUAUGAGUUUUUAUAUAAAGUUUGAGAGUUAGUUACAAGUGAACAUAAACAUUGUUAUUUUGCUAUCCUUGUAUUUGUAUUUUUGGAGAAUUGGAGGAAGCAGUCAGAAAGCCACAUCUUGUUUUGUGUGUAUUGAUUUAUUUACCCAUCACUUUAUUUGAAAUCAGGAAAAAGAUGAAAGAAAAGAAAAGAAAUAAUCCAUGCUCUUUUGAAACACUCUAUGAUAGGAACCGGGGAAUUGUUCCUAAUCGAUCGGAGGUUGUAGUUGUGGGAGAUUGGAGGACGAGGCUUGAACCGCGAGGAACCACGGCGAGGUGCCGUGGUGGCGCGCGAGGGAGAGGAGGAAGGGUGGCGGCUAGGGUUUGGAACUCCCGGCUCCCUUCAGGAAGCCAGAAACAAUUGUGUUUCUGCUUAAUUCUUCAAAGAGUCUUUACAAAGUAUUUAUAACUCUCUUGCUAAUGAUUCUGAAAAAUAAAAGAUAACUGGGCCUCUAGCCUCCCUUCGCGCAGCCCACCUAGCCACGAUGUGCCGCGCGCCGCACGUAGUGCCUGCUGGUUAUAACACUCUAGGUGCCUUUUUUUUGGCAUAAAAGAAAACUGGCAAUUAAGUUUCGAUCCAUGGCUAUAUGUGCAGAUAUGCUACCUCAGCACUCUGCAGUUCCAAUGUUCUGUAGUUACUAUAAAAAAAAGUUCUGUAGUUAAUUUUUCACAUUCCAGCCAUAGAUCUUUUCUGACACAGUGCCUAAUGUUCUCUCAUUACAACAGCUUUUCUGUCUAGUGCCAUAGUUAGUUUUUCAGAUUGACUGUUACUUCCCUACUCUCUCUGUUCCAAAUUAUAGGUCGGUUUGGCUAAUCUUGAUACAUAAUUUUUGCUAUGUAUUCAGAUAUAUCGUAUAUCUAGGUGCAUAGAUAAAGCUAUGUAUCUUGAUUUGCCAAAACGAUGUACAAUUUGGAACCGAGGGAGUAGCACCUAAUGUGCUCUCAUUACAACAGCUUUUCUGUUUGUAGUAACUGAUUCAUGUUAAUUUCAAUCUGUCAUCUCAUUUGGCAACAGUUGAAUAGUUUGUUGACACCCAAAACAUACUAAUUUUCCAUCAUUUUUCUUGUAGGAAAUCAAUCUGAGCAAUGGGGCUAGUUCACAAACUCUUAGGUAGCAACUAAUACUUCUUUCUUGGUCAGCUUCUCUUUACUAUUCUGCAGAAGCGUUUCUGAGUGGGUCUACAUUUUGUUGUGCUGAAUGUGCUCUCCCAAGUCACUGUUGUACCAUAGAGAGAUAUAUAGUACUGUAUUGAAGAAUUACCGUGACUUUGUUGAAACCAAGCAUCGUGCCAGCUUUGAACUGUCUGCAUCUAUUGCUACUGUCCAUUCAACCUUGAGAUUCAUGCACUUGUUUUGUGCAUUUGUUCAUAUGUUGGUGGUUGAGAUCCUCACUUGUAAUAAGGAACCAGGAAGAAGAUUCAGUGUUUU